CUAGGAGAAGGUCCCGCUCAAGACCAAUCUUCGUGCCCUAGUCGCCCGUGUCCUUCAUGGUCUGAUUGGAGUGAAUGGUCUGAAUGUUCAGCUACAUGUGGCCAAGGCAACCAAGCUAGGACUCGAACAUGUGAGAACGGAUCGGACUGCGUGGGUUCGAACCGAGAAAUUCGCUUUUGUCAGCUAGCCAGCUGCCCCUAUUGGGAUGAAUGGAUGGAUUGGGGUGGUUGUUCGGUUACAUGUGGAAUGGGUGUUUGCGAGCGAAGAAGAAGGUUAGUUGUCUUGGACAAAAAUGAUGAAAUUUUCAAGGCUGAGGUUACGGCUGUGAAGUUAAUUUCAGCGUUACUGCAUUAUUGCAGGUGUAUAACAGAUGACCUAUUGAAUCUACCGAACUUGGAAGAACUCGAUGAAGCACUGUUUGAAAUGGACUACACUGUCAUAGUAGAUAUCGGACCCAAAAAGAUCCAACGAGUUGAUCUUUUGUGGCUACGACAUGCCACACAACAACAACUUACCUGUGGUGGCACAUGUAUUGGCUUAGAUGUCGACAGGAAACCAUGUGAUGCAGGCCCAUGUUGCUCAUGGGAGUCGUGGAACGAGUGGUCACCAUGUAUCGGAUGCGGCUCUCAGGCGGUUUCAAGACGGAGUCGAAUAUGUCAAAUCGAUGAAUCGCAUGGACCUCUGAAUGCUCCUCAAGUCAUGAGUCCGAUAAUUCCUGUGAACGCACGGAUCCGUCGCCAUGUAAUAUUUUCAGGAGCGCAAUGUUGCGAAGGAGAAGCCAUUGAAACGCGGCAAUGUGAUGUCGCUUGUGAUCGACCAUGUGAAUGGACGGAAUGGGGAGAAUGGUGUGGAUGUGCACCUUGUCGGGGAGGAAGAGAAGUGCGGCGGCGGUUCUGUGAGCGUGAUGGUCCACCAGGGAGGAAAACCAUCUCGCAAAAUGGCUGCAAUUGUCCUGGACCAGAUACAGAUGAGCGAGAUUCCGUGGCACGCGGCGCGUCAGCCCGCAAUUUUAGACGGACGUCCCAGUUUUCAUUGGAGCAUACAAUUUGCCGUUCUCUGUUUCAGAGUUGUCGUUGGUCAAAAUGGUCCGAAUGGAGCCAGUGUCGCCAUGACAAUAAACUUCGCCAGCGAAAUCGAUUUUGUAUCGGAAAUGAUGUUUUGGUCAGCGAUUGUGAAUGUAUGGGAUACUCGGUUGAAGAAGAACCUUGUGAUGUUUCAUUACUGACUGCACGUGUUGCUGGAAGUGAUCCGGACAUCCAUACGACUGGAAGAAGCUCGUAUGGUGAUCUUAGCAACGAAGAUGAGAAAAAGGUGAGCAGUGACUUGUGUAAAUGUGAAUGGACAAGGUGGUCACAAUGGUCGCUGUGUACGGUAACGUGUGGUACAGGCGAGCGUGUGCGAAAGCGGCGUUGUAGUUGCGGAGAUCUUCGUUGUGGUGCUGGAACGAGCCAAGAAACGUCGAAAUGUUCAGAAAUGAAAUGCGAUCGAAAAAUGCUGCCGAUGUUCAACAUCGAUUAG